AUGGUGAGGCCGGCAACGCCAUUGUCGGCGCUGCUUUUUGCGGCCUUUAUUCUGCUGCUUCUCUCCGUCAUUUCCAUACCCCUUACCAAGCUCGUUCCUUUGGGAGAAUUCAAGGACGUCAAGUACGGCGUAUUCGGCUAUUGCCAGGGCGACAAAUGUACCAAGAUACUGUUGGGAUAUCCCACAGGCGGAGUUUUGAGCGAUGACGCCCAAAGCUUCGAUAUGCCCAGUUCCGUACGGCAUACAUUGUCUGCCAUUCUGGUCAUUCACCCUGUUGCCGCAUUCCUUACUCUCAUCAUGUUCUGCUUGGCCGUGGCCGCCCACAUGCACAGUUCAUCCCAUUCAGCGAGAUAUCUCCUUGUGCUUUUCAUCUUUACUCUCCUCACCUUUCUCGUUUGUUUGGUUGCGUUUGUGAUUGAUGUUCUACUUUUCAUCCCGCACCUAGCCUGGGGCACCUAUCUGGUCCUGGCCUCUACCAUUAUGCUCGCCAUCAGUGCCGUCGCCUCAUGCGCUAUGCGACGAGCCAUUGUCAGCAAGAAGGCUCGCCAGAAGCGCAUCGCCGAAAAUGCCGAAAUGAGCGGUGAAAAUUUCUAUAAAGCAGAGGAUCAAAUGAAUUCACUCCCGGCCAUGGCCAGUCCCGUCCCUCCUGUUUCUACUUUCAACGAAAGAACUGCUGCUGGAGGCGACCAUCUUCCAGCAUUUGCUACGUCCGAACAUUUGCGGAAGGAUGACCCAAUUAGCGACGAGAGAAUGCCCCUGACUCAGCGAAGCCCUGCCGAGAACCUCAACGACGUGGAGAGUGUUGGCGAUGCUAGUUUCGUUGCUCCAACGAGGUCAGCAUCUCGAGAUCGUCAUGGGAACCUCAUCAACGGACCGCGUGACACAUACGGCUCACGGCCUUAUGGAAGAGGUCGCGGCGGAAACCAACGCGGAGGUCGCGGCGCUCAUGGCCCUUAUGGUCGUGGUGGCUUUGAUGCCUAUGGAGUGGCCGGCCGGGGACCUGGUAGGGGCAGAGGAGGAUAUGGUCUCCCACCGGGAAGAGGAGGACCUCGUGUUCGAGGCGGUUACCGUCCUCCGAUCCAUGGAGCAUACGGGCCUGGAGACAUGAGUGGAGGCCGCGCACCGCCUCCCGUUGCUGUCUACGGAAACAUGCCACCCGGCCACUUCGACCACAUGUCUCCAGCCGACGAAUAUACCUCUUACGGUCAACCACAUGCAUCUCCGACAUCACUGGAACAUCACUGGGACGGAAAUAACAACAGCUCUGUAGCGGAAAGUCGGGACCUGCCUCUUGCUGAGUCUCCCCCGCCCUUGCCCGGCCAUGCCGUACCUGCUCCGCCCGUCGAAAUGGAUGCUGGCGCAUUUGGUCUGCAGAACGAUAUGAGCAGCAAUACUCAUCAACUUCGGGAUAGUGAUGUCGACGUUGCCGGAAUGGUGGGCUUGCAACAGAGCCGCGCCAUGGGCGAUGGCGGACGAGCUACCUACAUGAGUGACAGCAGCAAGUAUAUCUUCCAAUCCCGCCAGGAGCAGUAUCGCAUGACAACUCGGAGCGAAACUUAUCCCGUGCCGCAUCUCCCGCGCCUUUGUACAGACAGGCUCCAGAGCCUGCUCAGCCGAAUAUGGCCCUUGUUGGAUCAGGGUCUCAUGCCGACUACUAUGAAGAUAGGGACCCUAGAUUCGACGGGCCAGCAGCUCAAACUGCUCAUGGGAACGGGAACCCGCACCUCCGCCCGACUGAACCCAUAG